UUCAAUGGCCUCCGAUGGAAGGUGCGCGAUGGAGAGCGGGUCGGCGGAGUCCUCCUCCCUCGUGCACGACCCGCUGACCCCGUCGGCGAAAGCGCUCGAGGCGCUUGAGGCUGCACUCGCCGCCAUCGCAGCUGUAGAAGCAGGCAGCUCAGCACUGCCGCCCGAGGGUGGCAACGGGCCGCCGCCCGCUACUGGAACGCAGCCACAGCCGCCGCCUGCUGCUACAGCACAGCCACAGCCGACUCAGGCAGCCGUCCCAGUUCCGGUUGGUGCUGCGAGCGGAGCGAGCAGCGAUAACGCACCUCCAGCUUCUCCGCUGAGUAUGACGAGCGGUUUGACGCGACCUUUGAAUCCCAUCGUUUGUGCCGCGGCAGUGCGCUCGUGCAGACCGCCGUGCGCGGAGCGGGCUUCCAAACCGCCUCCGCCGCCGAUGCGGGCCGAGACGCACGAUAUCGUCGGCAGCGCAGCGGUGCGCCAGAAUGGUCGCGUCCUGUCUGCAUCCGAGCCGGCGGACACGUCCUCAGCUGCGGCCGCCGCGUUGACGCCGGGCGCUGCCGCGUUGACGCCGGCCGUGCCGCUCGAUCCUCUGGCGAUCGACGAGGUGGACGGGCUGCUUGCGGUUGGGAUGCGCGUGCGCACCGCGUUUGGCGACCGAGGGACGGUCCGCUUCGUGGGCGAGACGCGGUUCCGGGAGGGGGAGUGGGUCGGCGUCGAGCUCGACGAGGCGCGCGGCAAGAACGACGGCGCAGUGCAGGGCGUGCGCUACUUCGACUGCGCGCCGAGGCACGGCCUCUUCACGCGCCCCGACAACCUCGUCGUCGCCACGCCGCUCUCUCCGCUCGCGCCGCGCCCCGCAGCCUCCGCCGCCGCGCCGCAGCACAGCCUCCGCAGCUGGUCCGCGCCCGUGCUGGGGCAGGGAGCCGGCGGCGACGACGACGACGCGUCCCGGUCGCACGGCGGCUCCCCGUCCCGCCGCCGCCCGCCCACGGGUGGCCCGUCGCUCGCCGCCGAGGCGUACUCGCCGUGGCCGACGCACGUCCUGCCGGCGGGCUGGAGGGAGGCGUGGCAGGGCGGCGGCGCGCACAGGGCGCCUCUGCCGCCAGGCCGGCUGCCGGUGCGCGUCUACGUGACCAGCACCGCCGCCGAGGCGCGCACCGCCAAGCACUGCCGCCGCGUCAUCGACCUGCUCAGCGCGAAGAAGGUGCCCUUCGACAUCUUCGACCUUGCCGCCGACCGGGUCGGCCGAGGCGGCGUCGUCGUCGACCGCGAGGCGCUGCGCGGCUUGCUGCGGCACGAGCGGCUGCCUCGCGUCCAGGUCGGAGACGGGCCCCUCCUCGACGCGGGGCAGCUGCAGGACCUCGAGGACUUUGGCGAGCUCGACCCAAAACUGCGCGCGGUGCUACGCUCCUUUGGCACGCCCGCGGGGUAGAGACUAGAGAAACACGCCUACAAGUGCGCGCCUGGCGCGGCGGCACCUGCCUGCACGCGCGUCCUCGCCGCCGCAGGAAGAGAGGGUUAUACGUAGUAAAAGAAUAAGCUUGCGCC